UGCUCUCUGGUUACAUCAAACUAGACUGUGGUGUGUGAGUAGUCAAUUCAAACUCAGUAAUGUUAAUGAAGUUUGGUUUACACGUUACAAGGAUAGUUACAACCACCAGAGGUUCAUUACUGCUCUCCUAGAUUCGAACAAGUGAAGUAUUAGUCUUGCAGCUGCAGUGGUGGUGAAUUUAGCUCUGGUCUUGACAAAGAUGGUGCGAAUUUCAGAGGACCUAAUCCGCAAGCGGGCAGAACACAAUAACAUGGAGAUAUCAACACUGGAAGAAAUCUCCCUCCAUCAGCAAGAUAUUGAACGGAUAGAGCAUUUGGAUAAAUGGUGCCGUGAGCUGAAAAUCCUGUAUCUACAAAGCAAUCUCAUUCCCAAAAUAGAGAAUGUCAGCAGAUUGAAGAAGAUGGAAUACCUCAACAUGGCACUAAACAAUGUCGAGAGAAUCGAGAGCUUGGAAGGGUGUGAGUCACUCAAGAAAUUGGACCUUACCGUUAAUUUUGUAGGGGAGCUCACGAGUCUUGAGAGCCUGAAGGAAAACUACAACCUGAGAGAGCUGUUCUUAACAGGCAACCCAUGCACAAAGUUUGAAGGAUACAGGGAGUAUGUCGUUGCCGUCUUGCCACAGUUAAAGUAUCUUGACGGUAAAGAGAUAGAAAAAUCGGAGCGAAUCAAAGCGGUCCAAGCCUUGAGCAGCAUCCGACCCAAGAUACUUCAACAAGAAGAAGAGUACAGAAUAAAAAGAGAAAAAGAGAAAGGAGAAAGUAAGAAAAUGGAGGAGAACAAAAGGCCUGGAUUCGAUGGUCGCUGGUACACUGAUGUGAACGAGGGGGACUCAACCAGAACAAAGGAGAGCAGCUCAAACGGCCAAGGAAUUCAGGAAGACGAUGAGACAGAAACCAUGGAAACGGAAGAGGACUUAAGCAGUUUCUGGCAGGAGGAAACAGAAUUCACUCCCGAGUUCAGAAUAGCAGUUCACGAACAUGUCAAGAAGGCGAGGGAAAAAGACGAGAAGAAAUCGAAACCUGGUCCCGAUGUUCCCAAACGGAAGAUCCGGUUGAAGACUGACGAUGGUAAACUACUGAAUGUUAAUGAAGCAAAAAUUGACUUCUCACUGACAGACGACGAAGCGAACAAUUGUCUAUGCCUGGAUGUGGCAUGCUAUAAAUACCUUGAUACCUCACUCAUCGAUGUGGAUGUCCAACCGACCCACGUCAAGGUUGUCAUCAAAGGAAAGGUGUUCCAGUUGGUUUUGACAGAAGAGAUCAUGCCUGACAGCAGCAAGGCCCAGCGGUCACAGACCACUGGACAUCUGCUCAUCACAAUGCCAAAGGCGAACAAGGUCAUUAAGGCCAAAGUCACAAAACCAACCAACACCGCAAGAGACAUCAGAUCCAUAGAUGAGGAAAAGCAGAGGAAAUCAAUGGGAAGCCCGUUUGGUGGAACGUUGGAGGUCGAUCCAACGUUGGCAAAAAAUGUGGACCUCAUGGUGACAGAGAAGUCUGGCCAACAUGGACCGUAUGAGUGUACAAAGAGGAAGGAGGCUGUGGAUAGACCCAAUAGUGAGGACUUUGUGGAUGACCCUGACGUACCUCCAUUGAUUUGAAGUGAGGGGUACGCUGUGCUCGUUUGCAUGAAAUUGAAACAAUGUUUUAGUUCAUGGGUUUUUUGCAAGCGAAUAAGGACUGUUCACGGUUAUAUCACAAACAGACAUUGUUUCAUGCAUGCCAAAACAUGCCCCAGGGUGCUCAUGCGGAACAUUCCAACUGCUCCAUCCGUCCAUUAAAUAAUUUGAUAAUAAAUUCCAUGGAAACUGCCAGUUGUAUAUUUGUAAAGUUGGUAUAGAAUUGUCUUGAAAAUCGUGAUGGCAUGCACACUCUUAUUUAAUGUUUGCAUAUACAUGUACUUCUACACGUACAGGUGUAUUCAAUUAAAAAAUAUCUUUGAACUCUCUGGAAACUUUCAACUGCUGCUUAGUUCUGAGGGAGGUUGUUUUUUUUAAGAAGUACAGUCCUGUGUCUGCCGGAUUAGCGAAAGGUGGAAAAUUUCCAUUCAUCAUAUUGUAUUUUUUUCAUGCUUUGUGUUCGAGUGCUCAGUUUCAGGAACCUGUGACAUUACAUGUCUGUAUGGUUAUGUCUGUACAUAAAUUUACAAAAAACGAAAAAUAAG